GGAAGACCGUCAAGAUUACGAAGGCAACGUUGACGUACAGCGACCGAAGAUGGUAGGCGACCACUACCGGGAUGGUAGUAGGGAAGGGCGGUGGCCCCGGUCACCAGAGCGAGGCCGACGAAGUAAUAGGGAAGGCAGUCGCGAACGAUAUAUGGGAUCACGAAGCAACAGUCGCGAAGAUAGGAGGGAUGAUCCUCCUCGGCGUGGACCUCCCACGUGUUUCGGAUGCAGAGUGGUGGGACAUUAUCACUCAGAAUGUUGGAGGUACUGGACAAAUCGCGUGGCCCGUCGCCGGAUGGAAGCGGAUGGUUACGUCUGUCCGGUAGAAUUCAGUAGGAGGACUGCGACCGUAUCCCCACCUCGCGGCCAGGUUCAGCAACCACUAAGUGGAGGUGACCAGGGCGCCCACAAUCAGCUUGAUGAGCUUGGUAAGACGGUCGCCUCCGUACAGGAGUUCGUUAAGAUGGAGCGAGCGAGGCGAGCUGAGAAGGAGCAGCGUCGUCUGGAGCGUGAGGAAGCUCGGCGUGCUGAGGCGGAAGCAAGGAGAGCCGAGGCUGAGCGGGCUGCACGUAAGGCGGAGAAAUUACGUAAACGGGAGGAAGAACAACUUGCGAUGGCAAAGGCUGUUGAAGUGCAGCUCUCAUUGAGGCUCGGCGAUAUUCGAGACGAGAUAAAAACCGAAGUGCGGAAGGCCUUGACAAGUACAGCGCUGAAAAGUCAACCGGAGGCCGCUGUAACUGUCACCGGGAAAGGGAAGGAAGUACUCAUUGGUAGUCUUCCGUCAACUUCGGGAUCAGCUAACGAAGUGGACGUUAUCACGGAGGGAACGACGAAGCUAGUGAUACAAGAGAAGCGGAAACGUGGUGAAGAUACACCUGUGGGCGACAGCCCGCCUGUUACCACGCCAACUAAACGAACGAGAAAACGCAUGGACGUGCGCCCGGUGCGUCUCUCGGGGAGACUGCAGCGAACAAGGAGCAGGGUCUCCGUUCAACGACCAGCGAAAAGGUUGGCGUCUAAAGCAUUUACGAUGAUGAAGCAACCGACCACGGACAACGCCAUGGAGCGGAUGAUUUUUCUCGACAACACUCGUAGGGAGUUAUCAAAAAUGGAUUACGACACCUUGCGUUCCUUUUGCCGUGAGGAAGGCUACACCACGAAGGUGCAAGCUAUUUUUGACCUCGCCGACAAACGAGCACAGUUGCGUUUGGGCGACUUGGUCCCUGAUUUCGACAGUUUCUUGAAUUUGGAGGAGGAAGCAGUGAGAUCUAGUCAGGACGAGGCGGAAGACGAGACUCAGGUUUGAAGUGGGCUUACCACUAAUCAAUGGAUUGUUGUGUC